GAUUGCAGUUACAAUACCACCACUUCGAAGAGACUUCACUGACUGUCGCUGGCAUCUGUCGAUGCGAUUUUAAUUAUCACCGGAGAUCAAUGCAAUAAUCUCCGGCACGCGAUUCCCAAGAAUCCAUCGAUCCCAACAAACAAAUCUGCGGCACAGUUAAUGUAGGAAUACUCUCUCCUCUUCUUCAGCUGCAUUACACGCUUCGAUUGCCAUUGCAUUUUGUACUCGCCGAUCUUGACUUCUCCCUUAAUGGACUGAGGACUGCAACAGAUCAGUGAAAAGAUGGCGAGUUUCUUACCUCAGUUUCAGAGUAUCAAGACGACCUUCGAUCACGUUGUACUUGCCGUCGAGGAUGUAAGUGAUCUAUGGCCAACGGUCAAGAAUGAUUUUGAAGAAAGGUUGCCGUUCAAGAGAGCUUUUCUAAAUAACAAGACCCGUAAUCCGGUGCUUGUUGAUGAAUUACCUGCUGAAUAUAUACUGACUACGGAUGCAAGACUACGUAGUCGAUUUCCUCAAGAGCAAUCAUUAUUCUGGUUCAGAGAGCCAUACGCAACUAUUGUUCUUGUUACUUGCGAGGAUCUUGACGAGUUUAAGAACAUUCUCAAACCACGCCUUAAACUAAUAGUUCAAAAUGAUGAACGGGAAUGGUUUAUUGUUUUUGUGUCUAAAGCUCCAGCCCAUAACGAUCAGGCAACCAAGAUGGCAAAAAAAGUUUAUGCCAGACUUGAAGUUGAUUUUAAUUCUAAGAAGAGGGAAAGGUGUUGCAAAUUGGACAUCAAUGGGCCUGAAGCGAGUUUCUGGGAAGACCUGGAGGCAAAAACGAUGGAGUGCAUUAGGAAUACACUUGAUAGACGAAUCCACUUUUAUGAAGAGGAAAUUCGGAAGCUCAGCGAACAGCGAUUUAUGCCAGUUUGGAACUUCUGCAACUUUUUCAUCUUGAAGAUGCAUUUGCGUAAUGAGGAUAGUCGAGGAUUUGCAUACCUUUCUUACUUGCUGAAGUGGAUAGAUUGUGCUCCGACUAUCUUGGUGGUUUACAAAGAGAGGGUAAUGUCGGAGAAUGAUGGGGGAAGAUUGUAUGAUGUAGCCCAAAUAUCUGGUCUUCUGAGAGAGUUACCUGAAAAGUUGAACAACGAAAGUUUGGCGUUUAUGUUCGAGAUUGCUCAUCUCCAUGAAGAUGCUUUACGUGAAUAUGAUGAGCUUGAACUCUGUUAUUUGGAAACAGUCAAUAUGGUUGGAAAAAAGAGGAACUUUGGAGGAGUGGAGCGAGGUGAUGAUCAAGCUAUGCUGUUUGACCCUGGGAGAAAACCAUUGACUCAGAUUGUUCAUGACGACUCAUUUAGGGAGUUUGAGUUCAGGCAGUAUCUAUUUGCCUGUCAAGCAAAGCUACUCUUCAGAUUAAAUCGUCCGUUCGAGGCUGCUUCAAGGGGUUAUUCUUUCAUAGUUACUUUCUCAAAGGCAUUGACUUUACAUGAGAAUACAUUGCCCUUCUGCAUGCGUGAAGUUUGGGUAAUAACAGCUUGCUUGGCAUUGAUCGAAGCAACCGCUUCUCAUUACAAAGAUGGAUUCGCAGCGCCUGAUGUUGAAAAGGAGUUUUAUCGUGUACUUGGGGAGAUAUAUUCUUUGUGUCGAACUAAGUUUAUGCGGCUAGGUUAUUUAAUUGGCUAUGGAUCGCAUAUAGAAAGAAGUCCUGUCAACAGUGCUUCACUCAGCAUGUUGCCAUGGCCUAAGCCUCUAGUUUGGCCAUCACUUCCACCAAAUUCUUCAUCUGAAAUCCUAGAAAAAGAAAAGAUGAAUCUUCAAGAAUCUCCAAGGCCUAGGCACUUCGGCAUCCAGAGGAAGCCUCUGCCCCUUGAGCCAUCCAUUCUAUUGCGUGAGGCUAAUCGUCGUAGAGCUUCUCUCUCAGCUGGAAAUAUGUUUGAAAUGUUUGAUGGUCGUCCUAAUGCUACUGACGGUUCAGGACCAGUAUCCAUGUCAAGAACAUUCUCUUCACCGGGGAAUUUUGAAGGUUCAAUUGAUCGGCCUAUGAGGCUUGCAGAAAUAUAUGUUGCCACGGAGAAUGCUUUACGCAAUACGAUUUCUGAUUCAAAACUAUGGAAUUCGUUAGCCUCUGUUGAGCAAUUUGAGCAAAAAUAUCUGGAUCUGUCAAAGGGUGCUGCAGAUAACUACCAUCGUUCUUGGUGGAAGAGACAUGGAGUUGUCCUGGAUGGUGAAAUUGCAGCAGUGUACCAUAAGCAUGAAAAUUACUAUUCUGCUGCGAAUUUGUAUGAGAAAGUUUGUGCCCUUUAUGCGGGUGAAGGAUGGGAGAACCUACUAGCUGAAGUUCUACCGAAUUUGGCCGAGUGUCAAAAGAUACUCAAUGAUCAGGCCGGCUACCUCUCGUCUUGUGUGAGAUUGUUGUCUGUAGAUAAAGGAUUGUUCUCAACCAAGGAACGUCAGGCAUUUCAGUCAGAAGUCGUCCGUCUUGCUCAUAGUGAGAUGGAGCAUCCAGUGCCUUUAGACGUGUCUUCCUUAAUUACAUUUUCGAGCUUUCAGGGACCUCCACUUGAGCUUUGUGAUGGGGAUCCUGGCACACUAUCUGUUUCUCUAUUGAGUGAAUUUCCAGAUGAUAUAACUCUUGAGUCACUCAGCCUCAUGCUGACAGCUACGAAUAAUACUGAUGAAGGUGCUAAGGCAAUAAAAAGCUCGGAAGCUAUUGUACUAAGGCCUGGGAAAAAUAUUAUCACCCUUUCGCUGCCUCCACAAAAACCAGGGUCCUAUGUCUUGGGGGUUCUCACUGGGCAGAUUGGUCAAUUAAGGUUUAGAUCUCAUAGUUUUUCAAAAAGUGGUCCUGCAGAUUCUGAUGAUUUUAUGAGCUAUGAAAAACCAACAAGGCCAAUUUUGAAGGUUGCUAAUCCAAGGUCUCUGGUUGAUCUUGGUGCUGCUGUUUCAUCUGCUUUGCUGAUGAAUGAAUCUCAGUGGGUUGGAAUUAUUGUUACACCGCUCAACUACUCCCUUAAAGGUGCUGUACUGCAAAUAGACACUGGCCCUGGCUUGAGGAUCGAGGAGAGUCAUUACUUUGAAAUUGAGAAGCACGAACUUCGGUUACAUAACAUAGCCAACUUAGAUAACUCACCAAAGAAUCUGUCUCCAGUGUCUACUGACGUCAGGCAAUUGACUCUUGAAGAUGGCAAGAUCAAGUUGCCUGAUUGGACUAGCAAUACUACUUCAGUUCUCUGGAUUCCACUAAGGGCUGUUAGUGAUGGACUGGCUAAGGGAACACCUGCAGGUGCAGUUGUUCCUCAGAGGCAGAGUGUUGUCGAUGGUAUGAGGACAAUUGCUCUGAAACUUGAUUUUGGAAUUUCUCAUAAUCAGACAUUCGAAAAGACAAUAGCUGUGCAUUUCACAGAUCCUUUCCAUGUUAUGCUGCAGUCACAGGUCAAAGCUUCGCUGGCCAUCUAUGAUGCUUGGCUUGAUCUUCAAGAUGGCUUUGCCCAUGCUGGAAAAGGUGAUGGGAGACCAGCUUCAGGCUUCUUUCCUCUAAUAGUGUCAUCCAAAUCAAAAGCUGGAAUUUUGUUCAGUAUAUGCUUGACAGGCUCACUAGCCAAAGAUGAAGCCAACAAAUUGAAUCCAGUUAGUAUAUUAAAUAUCAAAUACACAAUAUCUGGAAGUAGACAUAUUGGAGCUCACACCCCUUUAUCUGGAGAACCUUCUGGACCUGAUAAUGAUAAGGCUGAGCAUUUGACAUUUAGGACUGAAAUCGUAUUACAGAGACCUGUGCUGGACCCUUGCCUUGCUGUUGGUUUUCUUCCUCUCCCUCCGAAUGGCCUCAGAGUUGGGCAGCUCGUGACUAUGAACUGGCGAGUUGAAAGAUUGAAGGCUUUAGACGAGAAAGUGGAAUCUGAGAACACUGAUGAUGUGUUAUAUGAAGUCAAUGUUAAUCCUGAAAACUGGAUGGUUGCCGGAAGGAAAAGAGGAUAUGUGUCACUCUCCACCCAACAAGGUUCGAGGAUUGUGAUCUCGAUAUUAUGCCUGCCUUUGGUUGCUGGUUAUGUGAGUCCACCUCAGCUAAGUCUGCCAAAUGUUGAAGAGGCAAAUAUAAGUUGCAAUCCACCUGGGCCCCAUUUGGUCUGCGUCUUGCCUUCGGCCCUAAGCUCUUCAUAUUGUGUGCCGGCAUAACGUCUGGUCCGUAUAUGUGUUGUAGAUGUAUUCGUGGGUUAGACUUUUUGAAUAUUUUGACUUUGAUGCUGAUGAUUUUGUUUAGAUCUUAAAAUUUUGUAGGAUUUGUUACAUUACUGUUUUCUAUAUCCAUUUUUCCAAAAGCCUCUGUUUUAUUGCUGAGGAUAGUUUGUGUAUUGUUUCUGGGUUUUGUGUAUAGUAAGUUGAGUAUGGGGCUUUUACAAUUUGAGAUGGACACAUUGGUCAAAGCUGAAAUGAAAAGUAUUGUUUUCUUUAUCUGUUGGGGAUUAUUUUAGGAUUAAAUGUGGGAAAAAGAUUAGUUGUGGAAGUCCUGAAAUUGAUUAUUUUUCUGAUU